GUGAGAGAAAAGAACUCCUCCAGAAAUCGUUGAACUCAAUCUUCGCCUUUGCCUCCUCUGGAUUUGCUCCUUGCUUGUUCACCCACCCACAAUUCUAGAGUUCCUCUCUCAUCGUCAAUCUAACAGGCUAGCUAGAACAAGAAUCAACCCAGCAUUGUUUCUUGAAAAUGGCGACCUUUGCUACCUUUCACGCCGCACCCCAGUUGGUCCAUGACAUGAAGUUUCCCUUUCACAAGGAAACAAGCACAGGUUUGUUCGCCCUUAUGAACGAUUGCAGUGACAGGGAUCUGCAUCCCAGGCCUCCCUGCCGCAGUUCCUCCAUGUGUUCGAGCGAUUGUCCAGUCGUCGACGCCAAGCCCAAACCACCAGCUCGUUCUUCGUCCCGGGAGGAGCCGCCGGUGAUUCGCCGUCGUCGUUCUUCGAGCGACCUCAUGAUGCACAACCGUCCACGAGCACCGUUGCGGUUGCGGCGUCGAAACUCGGCCAACAGUCUCAUGCUCCUGCCUCGUUCCUGUGCCCCCAAGUCUGACGACAACGACGACAAGAAGAAGACACGACGACCCCGUCGCAGGUCAUCCAAAAAGGAAAAGAAGCGUGACAAGAAAACGGCAGCAGACAACAAGAAAAAGCAAGAACGACGAGAUGUUGCCCCCGUGAUCCCGCAGCUCCGGCGCCACCGGUCCGCAGGUGAUCUCCGGGCUCUUAUGCAAGAUACGUCCACAAAGUCCAAGGUCGGUUGUACUACGGACUCGCUAUACUUGUACAACAGCAAGCGGGACCCUUCGCCUAGUAGGCCAACCAUGAGACGUCAUCGGUCUGCCAAUGACUUGAGGUCUCUCAUGGACAACAAGAUCAACAAGAGGCCGCCCUCGCCCCGGAGGACCCUCCGGAAGGUGGCGGCCAUUGAGACAUCGACUCCCAAGAGGACCAUGGUGGACACGUUGACUCCCAAGAGGACCCGGUCGAUACUCAAGACGUCAGACUCAAAGAAAGAGGAGGGAACGGAGGGUAGUGACAUGCCCGAGCUGGUCAACUACCAGUCGGACUACACAGCAGAGACUCCCUCCGAGCCAGAGUCGCCGACUGUCCCCAACCAUCGCACUCUGUCCUUUACCCUUUCCAGGAGGCGUUCUUCCAAGGAGGAAAUCAAGGCGUUGGCAGUGAAGCCACUGGUGCCGAAAGAGAACGAGCCGGUGACCAAGUCCAGACACAGCUUCUCGGGCUUGACCCCUUCGAUGCCGCAAGAGAACGAGCCGGUGACCAAGUCCAGGCACAGCUUCUCGGGCUUGGCCAGUUCGAGCUUCAUGACGCAGUCCACCAGUGCUUCGUCUGCCAUGAGUGCCAUGAGUGAUUGCAGUGACAGCAGCGCCUCACUUGCUUCCGAGGACAUUAGGGGCCUGAUGGAGUACUCCAGCAGAAGAUCGGAAUCCCUCCGGGGCAGCAAGUGUUCUUGGAGCAUGAAUGAGCCACUUGCUGGAAGACGGUCGGCUCCCAUGAAUGGUGUGCAGGAAAUGCCAGACGAGGAUGACGAUAUCAGAAGUCAAGACAACAAUGAUGGCAUCCAGACCCAGCCCGACGCUCGCCUCGAACUGUCUGUUUCCAAACGAAGCAGUGUCGCAACCACUUCGACCGCUGCCAGCAGCACUGUCUUUGACACGAACAUGAUUGGCAUCACUUGUGUCGGUGCCGUUAGCAGCACCAUCCAAAGUGGCAGAAUGCCUCCGGCUGUUGCCGGUGAGAAGCCUUGGGCCUGCGGUAUUUGUGCCGAAGAGAAUGAUCCAGACUACUUCUUCUGCGGCAUGUGUGCCGAUCCAAAGUUGUGGACCUGCACUGUUUGUCAGUUUGGUCGCAACAAGAGUCGCUUGCCCCAUUGUGGGGGCUGCGGAACCCGCCGUCAACGUGAAAUGCCAUCUUAUUGA